CAGCCUGGGCUGGGGGCGCGGCUGCUCCCUACUAGCGGCGCUGCUGCCUUUGCAGAGCUGCUGCACCGCGCCGGCUCCUCCAUGGCUGGGGCUCACCAUUGCUGCAAGCUGGAUGCUCUGGCUCUCCAGUGUCUCUGGAAGGCGGCUCCUCCCAGCCAAGCUGCUGCAGUGGCCCAAGCCCGCCAAAGCCAGUGGGCAGGCUGGCCCCUGGGGUCUACAAAGGCUCGUUGGGAUUUGCCCCUCAAUGAACCAAUGUGCAGAGCUGGGGGGGCAAGGUGGAAGGUGGCAAAAAAAAAAAAUACCUGGCCCAGAUACCCACACCCCCUGCCCUCUAGAGCCCAACUGCAGGGCCCCCUCAGCCCAGACACUCGUCCCCCUACCCCUCAGAGCCCAGGGAUCCAGAGUGGGAAAUAGCCUGAUGUUCAGUCCCAGGCUUGUGUGGAGUUUCCUGCAAGCCACCAUCUCUUUCCCCUCAGGGCAUGUGGGAAAUUGCAGCUGCCUGGAACCCUCUAGCUCCCACCCCCUCCCCUCAGCAGUGUCUUCCAUGUGUGAGCUGGGCUAGUGGCCCCAGCACUGCAGCCCAUUUUGGGGGGGAGGCGUGGAAGAAAUUAUGGGCAAAAAAUAUUAAUUUCUGCUAAAAUCUGUAUUGCACAUUGGCACAGAAUUCCCCCAGGAGUAAUACAAUGAAUGGGGAGACAUAGGUGCUUAAGAAUGUGGUCCACAAAACCAGCAUCCUAGGCCGAGAGCUGCCUGAGCCAGCCAAUGGGAGAUGCCAACCAUGGGGCGGGGGGGUGAGCCCCACCCCUCUCUUGUAGAUAGGCACCUAGCUCUGCUAGUGAUCCAUAAACAGGAGCCCACCACCUAGAGUCAGAUGGCUUUAGGAGCCUGUCUUGCUCCACACAAAAUGGGAGGGGGAGGAGAAAGGAGGUGCCCACCUUCUAACUUUUAGCACAGUGGUUAGAGCAAUCAUCUGGGAUAUGGAGACCCCAGGUUCAAUUCUGCCCUCUCUGCCAGAGGGGGAGAAGGGAAUUGAACAGGGGUCUCCCUACAGAGUCAUUCUCAAACUCUUGCUGGGCCAGAAAUAGUAUGUGUGAAAAUGAUUCUAUAGUCCAGCGUAAGGGCACCCAACUAGGAGGUGGGAAACCCUGGGUCCAGUCAUCUUAUUCCAGUCACUCUCUUUCAUUACUCAUCCUAGUGCAAACAGCUUCAACAGGAGAAUAUCCCAUUGCCCAGUAAAUAUUUUCUCCCCCCUCUCUGCGGAAAGGAUGGAAUUGAACCUGGAUUUCCCAUGUCCCAGGCAAGUGCUCUAACCACUGUGGUAAAAGUUGUAAAGUAGGUGGUACCAUCUCCUCCUCUGGCUGGAUUUUGAAUAGGACUUGAACCAGUAUGUAGCCUCAAAGCAUGGUAGCCCAGAGAGCUAGCAUUAGCAUUUAUUUUAUUGAGCAGUAACGCAAGGAGCCUACAGGCCUGUAUUUUGUAAGACAUUGGCUUCAGCAUUUAGCAUAAGGCUUUUGAGGCCCAUUAACUUUAGCACAGAUAAAUAGCCCAAUGGUCACGCCUAAGUUUUAGGAACUGGGACUAGAGUGUUUAAGGGGGAAGUUUGUACAUGACAACAUGAGACUAUGAGCUAACACCAGCUUUUGGAUAUUUUAGGAUAGGAACAUCUGCAGAUGUCUGACCACAAAAGUGCCAUGGCAAUAAAAUGACAUACGAUAAUAAGUUGAGAUCAUUAAUAUACUAACUUAUAGGAGAAGGCCAUCCCAACAUUAGUAGGGUGAGGAAAUACAAAUAAGGAAGAGGGGACAAACCCCUACUGAAUAUACAUUAGGCAUAGUGGCAUCAGUGUAACAUACAAGUUGUAUCCCAGCCUGUGUACAGGAGGAGAGAGAGAUGUAGACCUUGGGAGGUGCCAGGAUGAUGGCCACUGGUGAUGAUGAGGAAGAUAAUGGCUAACAUUUCAGGUUAUUCUGCAAGGGAUGGUGGUUACUGACAUACAGCGUGGAAUUCUUGCCAAAGUGGUAAUGAUUAUACAAAGAGUGGUGUUGAACUCACGUCCUGGUAAAAAUGGUGUGCCAGUGGCAGAAAACUUCCGAAUAGAAGCAGCCCCCCUACCAGAGAAAAUCACAGAUGGACAGGUACAAACUCGAACCCUCUACCUCUCUGUGGACCCUUACAUGCGCUGCCGCAUGAAUGAAGACACAGGUUCUGAUUACCUCUUGCCCUGGCAGUUGUCUGAGGUGGCUGAUGGUGGGGGCAUCGGGGUUGUGGAGGAGAGCAAACAUACUAACUUUGCUAAAGGAGAUAUUGUAACUUCUUUCAACUGGCCCUGGCAGACAAAGGUCAUUCUAGAUGGAAGACUCCUCCAAAAGCUUGAUCCACAACUUGUUGAUGGACACCUCUCCUACUUUCUUGGUGCAGCUGGCAUUACUGGGCUGACGUCCUUUCUAGGAAUAAAAGAGAAGGGACAUGUGUCUUUAGGUGCCAAUCAGACAAUGGUUGUCAGUGGGGCUGCUGGUGCCUGUGGUUCUCUGGCUGGUCAGAUUGGCCGCCUAGAGGGCUGCUCGAGAGUGGUAGGAAUCUGUGGUACAGAUGAGAAGUGCUCCAUUUUGGUCUCAGAAAUGGGGUUUGAUGCGGCUAUCAAUUACAAAAAGGGGAAUGUGGCAGAGCAGCUGCAUGAACUCUGCCCAGCUGGCGUGGAUGUUUACUUUGAUAAUGUUGGUGGAGACAUCAGUGAUGCAGUUAUAAAUCAGAUGAAUCAGAACAGCCAUAUCAUCCUAUGUGGACAGAUUUCCCAGUAUAAUAAAGAUGUACCUUAUCCUCCCCCACUGCCUCCUGCAGUAGAAGAAAUACAGAAAGCAAGGAAUAUCACAAGGGAGAGGUUUCUGGUAUUGAACUAUAUGGACAAACAAGAAGCUAGUAUUCUACAGCUCUGUCAGUGGAUCAAAGAGGGGAAACUGAAGGUCAAAGAGACUGUGGUAAAAGGCCUGGAAAACAUUGGGGGGGCUUUCCAGUCCAUGAUGACCGGAGGCAACACUGGAAAACAGAUAGUGCUAAUUUCUGAAUAAAAAUCUUUGCCUCUUCAUGUGAGCGUGGCCCAAAAGAUAAAAUAAACUUGACUCUUUAUCUUGAAUGCUGAACAA